GCAGAAGCUCGCAACAAUGAGUGCGAACCUGCCAUUAACAUGAGCUAUCAGUAUGCGACGUCCUACGCGACAUCCAAAGAUGAGAAAGGCUUGACCAACAUGUGGCAGCGCCUUGUGCGACAAUGGCAGUAUGACGCCAAAGGAAAACCGACGACGAGACUGGCAAUUGUACGUCGUCGUCUGCUCAGGCUACCGACAGCCAUCUUCUUGCUAUGGUUCUUUGUAUUGCUAUGGGGAGAACGCAGUACCUUCAGCAGUAGCAUUGAUGCCUGCAAGUGGGACAAGUGGGAGAAAUGGCCUGCGGACGCACAACCUCAUCGCAUUGCCUUGAUCGCCGACCCUCAACUAGUCGAUCCACACACAUAUCCUGGUCGACCUUGGCCGCUUUCUUCCUUGACCAUCGUUGCGACCGACAAGUACAUCAAGCGAUCCUUCCACCUGUUACAACGCCAUAUCGACCCUGAUACAACCUUGUUCUUGGGAGAUCUGUUCGAUGGAGGAAGAGAAUGGUCUACACAUUUCGAAGGCUUCCAACCUUCGGAGCAGCAAUGGAAAAAGUACGGCGACAAGUACUGGUUGAACGAGUACGACCGCUUCGGCAACAUCUUCUUCACCCAGGACCAGGUCACCGGAGGUAUGCCCGCCCAUAAGGUCAAGAAGUUUGUCGCCAGUCUUCCGGGAAAUCACGACUUGGGCUUUGGCAAUGGUGUCCAAGUGCCCAUCCGAAACCGAUACCAGGCAUACUUCGGCGAGGGCGACAGGGUGGACAUUGUAGGAAACCACACCUUUGUCAGCAUUGACGCUGUGAGCUUGAGCGCCAUGGGUCAGCCAGACAGCUCUCCCGAACUCUGGAAUUCAACUAUGCAAUUUCUUGACAACGCCCAGUGCCUGAAGCACAAGGCUGUUCGUGCAGAGCUCAAGGAGCAACAGGGCCUGAUACCACACAGGAGAUGGGCUCAUGCGGUCACCACACCUCACGACUUGGGUUACCAGCCCACGAAGCAAGAGCUUGCGAAAGAGCCAAAGCCAGAGUUUCCUACCAUCCUCCUCAGCCACGUACCCCUGUAUCGUCCAGAAGGCACCCCUUGUGGCCCUCUUCGCGAAAAGUACCCACCAGCCGCGCCAAACCUCAAGCACGAUAAGCCCAACGCCAUCCGCAUCGCCGGUGGCUACCAAUAUCAGAACGUUCUGACGCAGGAGAUUUCGAAGACGGUCGCCGAGAAAAUUGGAAAUAUCGCACAUGCCUUCUCGGGCGAUGAUCAUGAUUAUUGUGAAGUGGUACACCCAGACUAUGCUUCAAGACACGACAGAGGCAUACGCGAAAUCACAGUCAAGAGCAUAAGUUGGGCAAUGGGCGUCCGCAAACCAGGUUUCCAACUAGUCAGUCUGUGGAAUCCCGUCGACGAAAAUGGAGAGUCUCUUAGAGAUGGUCCGACAUUACAAACCCAUCUAUGCCUCCUUCCCGACCAGCUAAGCAUCUUCAUCCGCUACGGAAUUCUAGCCGCCUUGUCCCUAAUCGUUUUGGCCAUGAACACCUUAGUUCAAGUCCGCAACGAAGAAGCCGCAGCCUCGAUGCCCACCCUCCCUACCUCGGAGCCAACCAACAAACCCCACUACAAGGACAGCGACAACCACGCACCUUCCAAACAACGCUCUCGAGCUCCCUCAGGCGCCACAAACUCCAUGUCCUCCUCCGACUCCAACGGCCGUCUCUCCGCCCGCACAACGAACGCCCGCACCCGCAGCAUAUCCCCAGCAGCAACCUCGUUCAACUACUCCCUCCCCACCACCCGCCCCGCUUCCUCCCUGAUAGAAAAAGCAGGCUAUUAUGGCUCCAACCCUGAAUAUCAAAUGUACAACAAGGAAGAAAUUUUCGACGAGAGUGAUGAUUGGGGUAAUCCUCUGUUCAAGAAACCGAGGCGGGCGAAAGUGCAAAAGACUUUUAGGAGGAAAUUGGUGGAUAGAUUUGGGAGGGAUUUUGCUUGGGCUGCCGGACCGGUUUUUGUCUUGUAUUGGUGGCUUUUGAGGAGGGGGUGAUGGGGGGUGUACUAUUAAUUCUAGUGAGAAUGAUAUCAAGUAUCGAUUGAAGACAUUCAGGAUUAUCCUUCAUCUCGGCCGCAAUUGUCCAUGAUGUUUUUCAAACAGG